UGUGUGUCAGAGUUUGAUCCACCUGGAUGACGACGUCUUUUGAACUGAACGCUGAUUUCAUGACUUUAGUAAAACUUUUAGCUGAGUGAGAGUGUAUAAUGGGACUUGGGUGCUGAAGUUGUUGUGGUUUGGGAAUGUCAGAGACGCGCUCCCUCAUUUCCUGUUGCUGAACGCUCGGUUCAAGCUUCUAACUCCGCCCUGAAAGUUCAUUUUGGGAUGCUAAAUACUAUUUGAUAAACACGUGUGAAGAUGAGUGUGACCUCGUGGUUCCUGGUGAGCAGUUCAGGCACACGCCACCGUCUGCCACGUGAAAUGAUCUUUGUUGGUCGAGAGGACUGCGAGCUGAUGCUUCAGUCUCGUAGUGUGGAUAAACAGCAUGCCGUCAUCAACUAUGACCCGGCCACAGACGAGCACCUUGUUAAAGACCUGGGCAGUCUUAACGGGACAUUUGUGAAUGACCUUCGCAUCCCUGACCAGACCUACAUCACCCUGAAGCUCUCUGAUGUCAUUCGAUUUGGAUAUGAUUGUCAUGUUUACAUCAUGGAGCGGAGUCAGCACAAAGUCCCAGAGGAGGCUCUUAAGCAUGAGAAGUACACGAGUCAGCUGCAGGUGGGCGUAAAUCCUCUGGAGCUCGGGAAGACCGAUCAGGUGGACGAGAAGACCAGCGCCGCAGACGUGCCACACUCAAAACACGAAAAGAGCGAGCGCAAAUCUAUUACAGAGCCGCCAGCCUUCAAGCCCACUCCUUUGUACGGUCAGCCAUCCUGGUGGGGUGAUGUUGAUGAUGAGCACAAGCCUGAGCCUGAUGAUUCGAGCAGCAACCACACUAGUGCAGACAAACAGAAGGAAGACUCCAGGCAAGAGGUUAAUGGACCCUCCCCUGAACAUCAAGAGAAGACCGUUUCCUCCAGUCGAAGAGAUGCAAGUUACUUUGAAAUUACUGCCAAGGAACUGCAGUCAAAGUCCAAAACCACAGAGCAAGAGGUCCAGGAGAUCCCAACAAAAGACACUGCCAACAAAGCGCCACCUACACCCCCUGUGGUGCAGAGCCAUGCGUCCUUUACCAUAGAGUUUGACGACUGCACUCCAGGGAAGAUUAAAAUCAAAGACCAUGUUACAAAAUUCUCCUUCCGCCAACGCAAGAACCCCAGCAAGGAGUCGUUUGUCACUCCGACAGAGGUGAUGUCAUCUGAGAGCAAGGUGGCUGAUUGGCUGGUGCAGACCGACACGAGCAUGAUGGGUAGAAAUUCCAGGUCAGAUGAUCUGUACUCCGCCAAGAGUGACAUUUCCGUAAGCAGAAAUACUCUGCAAGAUGGACAGCAUCAUGAGGAUGAAACACAAAGCGACCCUGAGGAUCCUGCUUCAAAUCCUCAGGACCUCUCAAGAGAGUUGAUCUCCCAACAACUUUAUACACCUCCAGAGAAAGAGGAACCUCCCAUGACCUCCACACCACGUUAUCAGACUCAGCCAAAAAAGGACCCCCAGCAAGCUUUUGUCAUUAAUUUCCUUGAUGAUGAUGCACACAGGAGUCGUUCUCAGUCCUCUACCAGUAACGUGUCCCCAGCAGAAUCUCAUGUGGCCCUAAAAAGAAGAACAGAAAAGACAAAAGCACAAGUGCAAUCUAGAGAUGGUCUAACCUCCUCAUUUGUACAGAGCACACCUACUCAGAGGUUUACUGUUCCUCUCAAAGGUUCCGACAAUUCUCAGAGACCUGGAAUGCUGAGAAGAGAAAAGAGCGAUCUCACUAGUACUUCCAACUUUUCUUCUCGCUCAGCUUCCUCAAAACCAUUUGGAAGCGUGGGUCGCAAAUCCAGACUGGCACUGGAUUUCAUGAGCGAGUUUCUCACGGGGUCAAAACACAGUUCCAAGUCAGAGAAGUCUUCAUCCUCUACACACUCCAAAUCUUCAGGCAUGGUCUUGGUGGUAGCAGAUCAUUCUGCUCAGUCCUAUUCUUCAGUCAUGGAUCAGACUCGUGUCUUAUCACCUUCCCAACAGCUAGAAACAUCCAGACCUCUGCAUACAUCCAUGUCUACCAGUCACACAGAAGAACGCACCCCUAAAGGAUCCAGGCAAGAGGAAGACGACACCUUGAGCGAUGCUGGUACCUACACCAUUGAGACAGAUGGACCUGAUAAAGAGGUGGAGGAGGCACGUAACCUGAUUGAUCAGGUGUUUGGUGUUCUUGAGUGCCCUGAGCAAAGCAGUCAGCCUUCAGCACCAUCAGUGUGUAGGUCUGUAGAGGGUGACAGAGAGGCUCAGGAUAGCCUUCCACUUAGUAAGAAUAGUUCUGACCCAACAUUGGGCCAUAAUCCAGGCUGUAGUGACCCAGCCACGGGUCCAGCAGAGGAAUGGUCGAAGGUCAUGACUGUAGGUGACAAAAAAUGGGUUUCACGUUGGACUAGUUUGGCUGACACCUACUCAGACUCCGGUCCAGUUUCAGGACAAAUCAACAUUUCUCCACAGAUGGAUGGUUCAGGAGUUGGACAAAUUAUGGCUCAGUCUAUGCAGAACCAAACCAAAGAGAGCCCAGGCGCAGAAGAUGGCCAGACCUUUAGAGCAAGACGAAUUCUACCUCAGUUGCCCACAGGAGGCGAGGAGCAAGUGCCACCACCCAGUAUUCAUGUACAGUCAGAAUCUUACCUGACAUAUGAUGAUGUGGAGAAAAACAUACAAAAAGAUCCUCAGAAACUAUACGUCACUGGUGAAUUAGAUCCAGACAGUCUAAGCGAUGCUAGCAAGUCAGAUGAUGGUUCCAUCGUAAUGCAGGGUAGAAAAGAUACCAGUGGAAAACCAGAACAGACAACAUUUAAGCAAGGUGUAACAGCAGACCAAAUGGGAAAGGAUCAAGAUUGUACCACAAAGUUCUCUACAGCAACCAUAACUAGACAUCAUGGCAGCCGCAGGUCUGGUGAUUCCAGUGUUUCUCCACCUGACAAGGAUGCUUCUGCAUCCGUGGAAAAUGCGGUGUCACUCAUUAGACAAGAGAGCUUUACCAAACAUCGUUCCAGUGACGACAUUCACUUCAUGAGAUUGCCCCAUAUCUCAAGUCUGGAAUCUGGCAAUUAUGCAAACGUCUUCAAGGGUGUAAGCAACCAAGACACUCAGUCUUACCUUAAAGAGACCGAGAAUGUACUUUCUGUUUUAGAGGCUAAAGUCCAAAUGCGGAAGAGCCCCCGUACCUCCUGCCCUGUGGAGGACUCACUUUCCGGGGAAUCAGAUGUUGACACGUCCAGUACGGUCAGUCAGCGUAGUAGUAAAACUUCUGCCACUUCUGCCCCUAAAAUGAUCCUCAGUAAGCUCCUGAAAGGGAAAAAACCUGUUAGUCAGCAUGCCCAAGAGCAGAACUCAUUCCAGUCACAUGGAGAUCCUCAGUCUCAGAAUUCCAAGGUUAGCUCGACAGAUUACUUAAAGGAAUCCGGUAAGACCUCCCAGUGGUCUGAUGCUGUUUCUGACCAGGAAUCCAGCUCCCAACCUGUUCAUAGGAAGUAUACUAUCCCUCUUCAAAGUGAAAGCUCCAGAAGACCCUCCAAAGGAGCAGCGAUGCAAGCACUAGCUCGCUCCGGCAGCCUGUCUGCACCAAAGCCUACAAGGACGUCCAUGCUACGCCGUGCUCGCCUAGGCGAUGCAUCCGAUAACGAUGGUACAGAGACUGACCGCGCUUCCCAGAACUCUGAUGCCAAUUCUUCUUCCGCCAGAACAAACGAGAGUAAAAAGCUUUCUAGGUUGGACAUAUUGGCCAUGCCGAGAAGGAGAACCAGCUCUUUCACCACUCCCAGUGACACAGAGUCUUCGACUGGUAGGACUGGCUUUUCCAACCGCUCAGAAGCAAUGUCUGGUUCGUCAACACGUAAGGCUUCAGUACCUGACAUCAAGACUGGUACGCAGAAGGGCUCUGGGGCACCGGUCAGGCAGCCAAUCAUCCGUGGCCGAUCCAGCAGCGCCAAAUAUGCCAGCAGUACAGCUAGCUCCCGGCGACGCCAGAAGGGCUCAGACUACGCCUCCACAUCCGAGGAAGAGUAUGAACCUAACUAUAGCAUUCCUAAACAUAAACGCUCCCACCAUUCAGGAUCCGUGCACAGCUCUAGAACCCAGACUCCUGAUCAGCUUCGGGUUCCAGCCAGAAGCAGAGACUCUGAAGGGGAAGGACAUGAGAGCGACAAUUUCCAGAACUGGACAAACCACAGUGCAGAGAUCGCAAGGCUGAGUCAGGACCUGGCUAAAGACUUGGCAAUCCUGGCCCAGGAAAUUCAUAAUGUUGCUGGUGAUGGUGAAACUCAGAAUUCUGCCUCUGCCGAGGCUGUGGAAGCGGUAUCUGCUGUAUCCGCACGCAAAGAGCAACAGAAUCCUGAGACCAGUGUAAACUAUCCUAAGGUUCUACAAGGUGCAGCUACGUCCAGGAAUCCUGACCAAUCUGUUAGUGAUCAAGUUCUCAAACACCAGAGCUAUAAACAGGAACAGGUUGCUCUGGAUAAUUCGAUGCUGAAUCCGGUCUCCCAACUUUCCAUGGCUAUACGAGAAAACACUGAGCAACUUACUGAGAAGAUCAAGCUUUUGUUCCAUAAUAAGACAGAGGAGUGGGAGGAAAUAGAGACAAUGCUGGAUGCUGCUGAUGAUUCUCCGCCUCUGGAAAGUCCAAACAAGGAAAUAAUGUCUAUUAUUCGGGAUCUUAGGGGAAUCCAGAAGCGGUUAGAAGUCAUCAACACAGUUAUUGAACCCAGUGGAAAUGUAAAUCUGGUCAAGUCUUCGCCUGUAUUAGGCCACUCUUCAGCAGGUCGAAGUAGCUUUAGAGCUUCUUCCAGAGAUUGGAGAGCCGGCGCUUCUCAGCGGACUUCAGGAUCCACGGGCAGCACGCAGCGCUUUGGUAGGGGGACUGACGGUAGGGUUCUGUAAAAUGGGAGUAAGGAGGUCCUUCGAAAUUCCUGCUUUUUUUGUAUACUAUGUCUAUUAAAGCUGCUCGUUUGUACACUAGUGACCAACGAUAUAUAAAUCUGUUCUGGACUGUGCCUUAAAUCUGGGAUUCGGUAUUAAUGUGCACAUUUGCACUUGUGCAUGAGAGUGUGAGUGAAAGAGCACCUCUUACACGGCAAUACAAGACCGUACGGUACAGGCACUUAUGUUAAUACCAUACUUGUACUGUAAAGUAUUUAUAAGGACACUGCGUUUCAGUUUAAUCAUUUUGUUUUUUCCGCAGUGAUUGAUACGAGGUGAUGAAAUAAUGAAAAAAAAAAAGCAUUCAAUGUUUUUUGGGUAUUCUAUAUGAUGGGAUCAUUAAAGAAUGUAUUGCAUCGGUGUCCUUUGGUUUUCUUUAUUACAUUGUCAAAAAUAGUGAGUUGUGCACUUUGAUAUUUUUUUGUUGUUGUUGAACACUUAAAAAGCCAGUUUAAAGACACUACACCAGACCAAUUGAAUUGUAAUUCUGCCCGUCCUUUGGAUCCUAGUCCUUAAAUGUUAAACAGAACAAUAAACAUUCAUUCCUUGUAUAUAAAUUUGAGUUAAAAAGGCUAUAUAUAUUUAAGGCUAUGGCUUGUUAAAGACUGCCGUAACAUUAUGGCCACCCACCUAAUCUUUAGUAGGUUCCCCCUUUUGCCAGCAAAAUAUGAAUGAGCCGUGGGUUCUGACACCUUUAUACGAGAACCGUCAUAAACCUUUUCAGCAACCGGAGCUGCUUUAGCUCUGACAGUAUAUUGGGUCGGACUACGCAAGCCAGCUCCCCAUGCAUCAGUGAGCUUUGGCCACUCAUGACCCCAUCCAUGGCUCACCAGAUUUCCUUAAUUGGACCACAUUUUGUAGGUCCUGACCGCUACAGAUUGGGAACAUCCCACAAGAGCUGCAGUCUUGAAGUUGAUCUGAUCCAGAUGUCCAGCCAUCACAAUUGUUGCCCUUGUCGAAAUUACUCAAGUCCUAACGCUUGGUCAUGUUUUCAACACAUCAACUUGGAGAACAAUUAUGCUGCCUAAUACUGUAUAUCCUGUCCACUUCCAGCUGCUGUAGUUACUGCGACAUGCUGGUUCUCAUAGAAAAGUGUCAGAACGCAGUGGAUUGCUGUUUUGGUGGCAAAAGGGCUCAAUAUCAGACAGGUGGUCAUAAUGUUAUGGCUGUUUGGUGUACGUCUAAUGUGUUCAUUUACAAUAGCAAUAUACCAAUUCCAACUGUGUCUACCGUCCCAUUUCACUUGUCUCUGUAACUAUGUUUGAACAUCAUAAAUUCUUAGUCACUUUCCUUUUACUGAGAAAUGUGAAAUCCCAUUGAGAAAGGGAAAGCGAAACUGCAAAACAAAGCAAGGCAAUAAGGAAACAGUUAUGCUACUGUUAUUUCUAUAAAAUCUUCUGGGAGCAUCGCUGAUAGCAGUUUGAUUGUUAUUGUGACAGACAAAAGUGUACCAGCUCACUGACUGUCUUUAUAAGGUAUGUAACAUGCAGUAUGUAUGGAAUGAUAUGCCUUUGCACUGACCGUGUGCAUCUUGUGUUCUGGUCCUGCUUUUUUUUAUAGUAAGCAGAUUAAAGAUGUUUGAUUUAUUGAAUGUACUGUAUGUAAAAAUGUUAUACACACUGUUGCAUAAGCUGGGUGUUCAUGAGGUGAGAAGAGUUUCAGAGUUUAACCUGAAACAAGCAAAAAUGCACACUGUUAACUGAAACGACCGUUAAUUUGUCUAAAUAUGACAUGUAUCAUUGGUACAAGGAGGAGAAGAAAUGGAUAUUACAAACAAAUGUGCUGCUUAAGAUUACAGCUUUAUUGUCAUGACCACCUGAAACUAUACUCAAUAUAAAACGUGUCUUGGUCAAAAAGCCAAAAUACAGAAAAAAGCAGAUGCUUUAUGAUAACACUACAUUUUCCAUUUUAUGCAGUGUUUUGAUAUUUAAAUAAAUAAAUAAAUUACAGGCCUGUGCUGUAAAAAUGUAAAAUCUUUAAUGUGAUUUAUCAAUAUAUUUUUUCGAAAUUAUUAUUUUGUAUGUAAUGUAAAUUUAUGGAUUUUUUUUUCUGAAUUAAAUUAAAAUUAAAAUCAUUUGUGCUAAAAUUUAUUGUAUUGUCACAGAAUUGUCCCUUUAUUUCUCAUUGUAUGAUAUGCAGUUAUACAGUUAGGCACUUUUAAGGGACUUUUUUUCAAUUAAAUAUAACAAGGAGAGCCCCAUACAGCUAUUUCUCGUGUAGUGUUUGUGUGUGGUCUCUGGAAAGCCCAGAGAAUUUGGCUGAAUUUCCCCAGAGUUUGAACACAAAUUUAAAGACAUCAUGCUGUUUAAGAAAAAAAGUGAUAUAUAUAUAUAUAUAUAUAUAUAUAUAUAUAUAAUAUAAAACAAUCUGUUUAAUCUUUUC